GUUCCUUACAACAUAUCUGGUGAGUGGCUUCAUAGUUCAGGGGACAAUUAUGAUGAGCAUGGCUCAGCAGAGUGUUUAGAUCCCUCUGGCUUUACAUGUACAUUUAUUGGAUUGGAGGAUAAUGAAGUGGAGACUUCAAAGCAGCUUGGUAACAGUCCUAAUGAGUUUGGGACCUCAGAAGAUGCAGAAGAUGAAUAUAUGCCUGCCGUUAAACUUCCAUCAUCAAAUAGUGAUAUAUAUGUAGAAAAAGAAUUUGAGAGAUUUGAUAGUAUAAAAGGAGAGUCUACUUCAGAUGUCAUAAAUGGUCAUGAAAAAGAGCAAAAUUCUUCAGUUCUUGGUGAACCAAUGAAAUCAACAAAAAUUAAAUUAGUUUCUACGGGUACCACAGAUUCUAAUUCUAAACAUCACAAUCAUACAGAUACCAUUUCAACCAUUCCUAAUUAUAAACACACAACUUUAACACCAGCAAAUUAUCAAGAAUCUACUUUACCUUUUCACAACUACUUAAAUUCUACAUCACCAUUUCAAAAUUAUCUACACUCAAUAUUAACCACUCACACCCCUUUAGAUUCAACCACAUCCACUCAGAAUGCCUUUGAUUCUAGAUCAGGUUCUAGAGAUAAUCUUGACUCAAAUUCAGAUUCUGAAGAUGAUCCUGACUCUAGUUCAUCCUCUGUAGAUGAUCUUGAAUCUGGUUCAACAUCUGGAGAUAAUCUUGAUUCUGGUUCAACAUCUGGAGAUAAUCUUGAGUCUGGUUCAACCUCUGCAAAUUCUAUUCAAUCCAUCUCAGUUUCCAAAGAUCAUCUUCACUCUAGCUCAGUAAAUAAAGACUACUCUGGCUUAUCUUCAGCUCCCGGAUUUCACACUCAAUCCAGUUCCGUCUCAUACCUUGCUUCCAGUUCAAUGUCUUUAAAUUAUCCAGAAACCAAAAUACCUUCAAUAUCAACUUCUCAAUCAACAAAAUCUCCCACAACACGUAAAUUCUUUUCUCUUACAACUCCACAUCCUGCAUCUGUUAUAAACAGGGAAGUCACAUCCAGAAUUUCUGAAAAAGAUUUCGACCCUAGUUCUUCCUCUGGGAAUGAUCUAGAAUUAAGCUCUGACACUGAAGAGGACCAGGAAUCUAGCUCUGAUUCAAGGGAUGACCUGGAAUCUAGCACUGAUUCAGAGGAUAACCUGGAAUCAAGUACUGAGUCUGAGGAUGACUUGAAGUCUGGUUCUGGUUCCAGAGAAGAGCUGAAACCAAGUUCUGACACUGAACCUAAUUUAAGAUCAAAAUUUCCUACUAAAGUUACCACUUCCUCAGAAAGAGCCACAGAAUCCCAUGUUAGAUCAUCAAUGAUUCAUCUUCAUUCUGGUUAUAUUUCACGGCAUAAGUCUGGUUCUAGUUCUAGUUAUGGAAAUCUUCAUGAAAGCAAAAUACCUUCAAUAUCAAAUUCUCAUUCUAUAAAAUCUUCUGCAACAUAUAAAUUCCUUUCUGUUACAAUUCCACACCCUACAUCUGUUAUAAACAGUGACAUCACAUCAACAAUACCACCUAAAAUACCCAAACCUACCCCAGUUUCAAAUAGUUACCACAUUGCUAGUUCUAGAUUACAGCAAUCAAUUAAUAGUGCUACUCAUUAUUCUUCAGUCAUUCGUAAUUAUAUUAACACACCGAGUGUUUAUAUCAACAGUAAAUCUGUUUCUGUUGAAACAACUAGUUCACCAUCACAUUUGGAAUUUGAUGAUAUAGAAGAAUCUAGCUCUAGCACUGAAGAUGAUACAGAGUCUAGCUCUCCCUCUGGGAACGAUCUAGAAUCAAGCUCUGGCACUGAAGAGGACCAGGAAUCUAGCUCUGAUUCAAGGGAUGACCUGGAAUCUAGCACUGAUUCAGAGGAUGACCUGGAAUCAAGUACUGAGUCUGAGGAUGACUUGAAGUCUGGUUCUGGUUCCAGAGAAGAGCUGAAAUCUAGUUCUGAUACUGAACCUAAUUUAAGAUCAAAAUUUCCUACUAAAGUUACCACUUCCUCAGAAAGAGCCACAGAAUCCCAUGUUAGAUCAUCAAUGAUUCAUCUUCAUUCGGAAGUCACAUCCAGAAUUUCUGAAAAAGAUUUCGACUCUAGUUCUUCCUCUGGGAAUGAUCUAGAAUCAAGCUCUGGCACUGAAGAGGACCAGGAAUCUAGCUCUGAUUCAAGGGAUGACCUGGAAUCUAGCACUGAUUCAGAGGAUGACCUGGAAUCAAGUACUGAGUCUGAGGAUGACUUGAAGUCUGGUUCUGGUUCCAGAGAAGAGCUGAAAUCUAGUUCUGAUACUGAACCUAAUUUAAGAUCAAAAUUUCCUACUAAAGUUACCACUUCCUCAGAAAGAGCCACAGAAUCCCAUGUUAGAUCAUCAAUGAUUCAUCUUCAUUCUAGUUAUAUUUCACGGCUUAAGUCUGGUUCUAGUUCCAGUUAUGGAAAUCUUCAUGAAAGCAAAAUACCUUCAAUAUCAACUUCUCAUUCUAUAAAAUCUUCUGCAACAUAUAAAUUCCUUUCUGUUACAAUUCCACACCCUACAUCUGUUAUAAACAGUGACAUCACAUCAACAAUACCACCUAAAAUACCCAAACCUACCCCAGUUUCAAAUAGUUACCACAUUGCUAAUUCUACAUUACAUCAAUCAAUUAGUAGUGUUACUCAUUAUUCUUCAGUCAUUCGUAAUUAUAUUAAUACAACGUCUAAUCUCUUUACCAAUAUUAAAUCUCAAGAAUCUGAUGAUAAAACGGAAUCUAGCUCUAGCAUUGGAGAUGAUUCAGAGUCUAGUUCUUCAUCUGGAGAUGACUUGGAAUCCAGUUCUGACACUGAAGAUGACCUGGAAUCUAGCACUGACUCUGAGGAUGACUUGAAAUUUAGUUCUGGCAAUGAUCUGGAGUUUAGUUCUGGCAAUGAUCUGAAGUCUCAUUCUAGAACUGAACAUAACCUGGUGUCUAGUUCUGGCAGUAGAAAUAAUUUCAAAUCGAAUCUUCCUUCUAAAGUUACAACUUCCUUUGAAAGUAACUCAGAAUCUCCCAUAACAUCAUCAAUGACUUAUGUUCGUUUUAAUUAUAUUUCACAGUUUAAAGCUGAUUCCAGUUUAAGUUAUGGAAAUCUCCUUGAAGCUAAAAUGAUUUCAAGUUCUACUUCUCACUCUACAAAAUCUCCUACAAUAUACAAAUUCCUUUCUGUUACGACUCCACAUCCUACAACUGUUAUAAACAAUGAUAUCAUAUCAACAACCACUGCAGGUCGUUUGGAGUCUAGUUCUUCAUCUGGUGAUGACUUGGAAUCCAGUUCUGACACUGAAGAUGACCUGGAAUCAAGUACUGAGUCUGAGGAUGACUUGAAGUCUGGUUCUGGAUCCAGAGAAGAGCUGAAAUCUAGUUCUGAUACUGAACCUAAUUUAAGAUCAAAAUUUCCUACUAAAUUCCAGUUAUGGAAAUCUUCAUGA